CAGAAAGAUGGGAAAAAAGGGAAAGGGAAGAAAGCUUCGGCAGUGGUGGAUGUUGUGGGCCCGGAGGAGAUGACCAAGGAGCAGCUGGAGAUGCACGUUGCGCGUCUCCGGGAGGAGCUGGAGCGGGAGCGGGAAGAGAGGAACUUUUUCAAGCUGGAGGGUGAGAAGAUCCGCACCUUCUUGGAGGUGACCCGGCAGCAGCUGGAGGAGAAGAAAGCUGAGCUGCGGAACAGGGACCGGGAGAUGGAGGAGGCAGAGGAGCGGCAUCAAGUGGAGAUCAAGAUUUACAAGCAGAAGGUGAAGCACUUGUUGCACGAACACCAGGAGAACCUGACAGAGCUGAAGGCAGAGGACAACCUGUCCAUGCUGCGGGCCCAGAAGGAUCACUGGGCCCAGGAGGCAGGGCUGCAGAAGGACGUGCGCUCCUUGAAAGUGGAGCUGAAGGAGCAGGAGCUGGCCAACGAGAAGGCCAUGAAGAACAUGUGCCUGAAACAGGAGGAGGAGAUCACCCAGCUCUGCAACGACUUUGAGAGAGAAGUGAGAGAGACCGAGGCCAAGUACACCAAGAAGAUGCAAGUGCUGCGGGACGAGCUCGACCUGCGGAGGAAGACGGAGCUCCACGAGAUGGAGGAGAGGAAGAACACCCAGAUCGAGGAGCUGAUGAGGAACCACGAGAAGGCUUUCGCUGACAUGAAGAACUACUACAACGACAUCACCCUCAAAAACCUGUCCCUCAUCAGCUUACUGAAGGAGCAGAUAGAAGAGAUGAAGCAGAGAGAGAAUAAACUGGAAAAGGAGAAGUCAGACGUGAUGCUCCAUAACAAGCAGCUGAAAGAGCCCCUGCAACAGGCCCGGGAGCAGCUGUUUGAGCUGCAGAAGAAGUUGGCCCACUAUGACAAGGACAAGAUGGCCCUGACAAACACAAAAGCCCGUCUGAAAGUCACUCAGAAAGAACUGAAGGAUCUCCAAUGGGAACAUGAAGUGCUGGAGCAGAGGUUCAGGAAGGUGCAGGAGGAGCGUGAUGAGCUCUACCAGAAAUUCACCAAAGCCAUUCAGGAGGUGCAGCAGAAAACAGGCUUCAAGAACCUGCUCCUGGAGCGCAAGAUGAAAGGGCUCCUCAGCGUCCUGGAGAAGAAGGAGAUGGAGCUCAGCGAGGUCCUUGCAGCCUCCAACCUUGACCCGGGUGCUCUCUCCUUGGUCUCAGACAAGCUGAAGGAUGUGCUCGAUUCCAAGAAUGCCACUGUCAAGGACCUGCAGCGGGAGCUGGCCCGAGUCUGCAAGGCCCACAACGACCUGCUGCAGACCAUGGAGGCAAAGCUGACAGCCUUUGGCAUCCCCCUGGACAACCUGGGCUUCAAGCCCCUGGAGAUCCCCAUGCUGGGCCAGGUGCUGGGGCAGGGUCCUGCCGGACUUGUCGCGACGCCCACCUGA